UAUGUAUAACAUCAAUCAAGUUUGACAUACGACUCCCUCUGGGAAAGCUGUAGAAAUGAUCCUUCUCUCUUUAAUAGUCGUUUUUCUCGGCAUAUCUUAUUCUUCCUCAGAGCCAGUUCAAGCCAAACGUUUCACUGUUAACUUGGACCUCCCACCGCAAGAACGAUGGGUGAAAAUUAUGCAGGAAUACAGACAAUAUACUCCAACUAUUAUCAAAGAUGUUCAAAACUUCUUCCCUAAACCUCUACUUCCUCUGAUAGACCGACUUGCUCUUUAUCUUGAUAAAUAUUUCCCGGCUCCUUAUCCAGACGAGCUUAGAGGGAUUGCAUCUGGUUUGAACAUCAGUUUGAGUAAUGCUGUUCUCUUGAAUUUGGUGUACGACUUCAGUGCAUUUUGCACCAGCAUUGUCGCGCAAGAUACUCAAGGCAACAUAUAUCAUGCUAGAAAUUUGGAUUAUCACUUUACUGCUGAUCUGCGAAAGCUAACUUUUAUGGUUGACUUUCGAAGCAAAGGAAAGACAGUUUACAGCGGUGUAGUAUUUGCUGGAAUGAUAGGUCUUGUGACAGCACAAAGACCUAAGGCUGUAACCAUCACAUUGAAUGAGCGAGACCAGGGGUUUUUGUGGGAGAAUCUAAUCAUGGCAAUCUUGAGGAAAGAAGCCAUUCCUGUGUUGCUUGAGAUCAGACAAAUCACUGCUACAGAAAACAUGAACUUCAGCCAAGCUGUUACAUUGCUUUCCAAGGUGCCAAUGAUUGCAGAUGCAUAUUUGAUUGUGGGAGGCAUAAAUCCUGGAGAAGGUGCUGUCAUUACUAGAGACAGGACUGCAGUAGCUAAUCUGUGGAAACUGGAUCCUCCUACAAGAUGGUUUUUGGUGGAGACCAAUUAUGACCACUGGACUACCCCACCCCCCUCAGAUGACAGACGUGAUCCAGCCAUCAAAGCUAUGAAUGAAACAGGACAAGAGAACGUCAAUGGUGCUGCUCUGUUUAAGGUCCUCUCGAUCCAUCCUGUAUUAAAUAAGAAGACUGUAUACACUGCAGUGAUGUCAGCAAAAAACAAUGGUUUGUUCAAUGCCUGGGUACAACAACCAUAAUAAUAAUAUCCUCUCACCUAAAGGGUUCUGGGUUCCAUUUUUAUUUUUAUUGGAGUUUAUUUUUAUUCCUAGGCAUCUCUGAAGAGACAUGUUUUUGGAAAAUAAAAUCUUUAUUUUAAACUUUAGUGAUUCUCAA